AUGUCUUCAACGCCUUGGAUCUUCAUUUGCCCCUCUAGCAGAGGCAUCGGCCAUGCCCUCACCUGCCAUCUCCUGCGAAACACAUCUCGCUCGUCCAUCCCGAUUCUUGCGACGACGCGUCAUUCCGACCUGGCAGCUGCCAAGGCCGCAAUCCUCAAAGAUCGCCUCUCUGUCGUCCGAUGCGACGUGGCUGAUGAAUCCACCAUUGAAUCUGCCGCCAAAGAGGCAGAGAAUCUGUUUCCCAAGAAAUCGCAUCACUUGCAUCUUGCCUGCGUCCUCCCGGGAGUGCUAUUGAAUCCAGAAAAGUCUCUGGCGCAGGUUGAUGCAAAGGCUACUUUGGACUCAUUUCGAAUCAAUGCUGUGGGACAAUUGCUCAUGGCAAAGCACUUUUUCGGAUUCUUGCCUAGGAAGGCGACGGCGAUGCCGGGCUACAACGGCUAUGACUAUAAUGAAGAUGAAGAUGACGAAGAAGACGAGGAGAGGGAGGAUCAAGAUGAUGAGGACGAAGCUGAGGAAGAGGCAACAUCAUUGCGUCUGCCUCGGCACGCUACUUGGCUGAACAUGUCGGCAAGGGUGGGAUCUACUACUGACAACCGCUCUGGCGGAUGGUUCUCAUACCGCGCGAGCAAGGCUGCCGUCAACAGCUUCACCAAGAGCCUUGAUAUACAUCUGCGCAACAGGGCAGGCGAUAAUGCAAUGGCGGUGGCGUAUCACCCCGGCACGGUCAAGACGGAUUUGAGCAAGGACUAUUGGGGCGGCGUGCCCAAGGAGAAGCUGUUUAGCGCUGAAUAUGCAGCUGAGAAACUUGUAGAUGUGGUUUGUGGGCUUGGAGUGAGUGAUAGGGGAAGAUGCUGGGACUGGAAGGGAACUGAAGUUCUCCCUUGA